AUCAAGCCCUGGGCCAAAGGCAGGUGCUAAACCUCUGAGCUACCCAGGGAUCCCCCUUCUCCACCUUUCAAGACACGGAAGUUCCUUCUGAUGGAGAAGACUGUGUGUGUGAAUUCGGGGCAGCCCCCUUAACACAAUUUGCAGGUGGUGGGAGUAGAAGGAGGUCGUUUCUUGAAGACAGUGUGAGUGCAGGGCUCCAGGCCAGGGGGUCAGGGAGCAUGCAGGGCUUGAAUCCUGGCCCUUGCGCUCAGCGGAGUCCUAAAUGUGGGCAGCCCAGGCCCUGGCUCUGAGCCUCGGUCCAGCAUCCAAAACGCCUCCCGGGAUUCUUGUGGGAACCGAACGGUUAAUACCUGGCAUGUGUCCCGGGGGGUCCAGGAAUCCCCACUCUGCCAUCUCUCUGUUCCCUCCAGCACAGGGCCAGCCGGAAUGGGGCAGGGGGGUAGGGAAGCACACUGGCCGAGGUCCCAGGGGAAGCUCAUGUGCCAGGACUGGGUCGGAUUGAGCAAGAGCAGAGAAAUGGGCUCCUCUGGACUCAGCUGUGUGAUGUGGGGGACACAGAUCUGGGAACUUCAGAUGCAGGAAGUGAAAGGGGGUGUGGGCAGAGGAGAUGGAUCACUGUCUCUGGUCUCUUCUGGUCUGGCUCCCUUCUCAAGAAUGAGGAAGUUGGAGGGGGGCAGCUCACGAGCAGCAGUGAGCAGCGGAAAGAGAGUAGAUACACCCUGGAGGGGGAGAGCUGGGCUGCCCUGUAGCCAGUCCCUACGGGCCUGCAAGUCCUCCACUCUAAUUCCUCCUGAAGACGGUGAAACACCAGAUCCCAGUUCCUGCCAGGCUUGCAGAUACAGCCACCCGCAGGACCCUGGUCACGGAGGGGCCUCCCCCUGCCCGUCACCCCCACCUCGACUAUCCAGGACUUUGUGUUUCCCAAUUCUGGUCAUUGCUGCACAAGGAACCCCAAAAUCGCAGCCUUCAGACGUUCCACAGGUUCAUCCUCAACGGGAGCCUUACCUCCUCCCUGGACUGUGGUCUUGACGUCCACUCCAUCCGAGUCCACCCAGCCUCCCCUUUGGCCCCAGCUCCUGCCUCCCUGUCAGCACGGACGGCCCCCAGGUUGGUCCAAGCAUGUCCAUGCAGUAUGAAAAGUUCCAGCACUUGGAGAGCGAGAAGCAAAGUCAGGGAUCAAGAGAAGGGCUGCCGCCUCCCCUGCCCUUUCUGCACCAGCUCUGCUCAGGUCCCCGGCCUCUCCUGUUCUCCCUGGGCCUCAGCCUCCUCCUGCUGGUCGGCAUCUGUGUGAUCGGAUCCCAGAACUCCCAGUUCCAGAGGGACCUGGCGACCCUGAGAGCAACUUUCAGCAACCUCACUUCGAACAACGUGGCCGCCGUGGCUGAGGUGCAGGCCCUGAAAGCACAGGGUGGCCUUUUGCAAGAAAUGGUAACAUCUCUGAAAUCCGAGGUGGAAAACCACAAACAGGACCUGCAAGCAGCCCGAAGUUUGAACGACAAAGUGUUUUUCCUGGAGAGCAAGCUGGAGAAAGAGCUGCAGGAGCUCCAAGCAGGUCAUUCCGACACCGUCCUUCGAGUCCAGCAGCUGGCCAAAGACCUGAAGGCCCUGAGUUGCCAGAUGGCCACUCUCCAGAACAACGGCUCCCGAAAUACUUGCUGUGCCCCCAACUGGCUGGAGUACGAGGGCAGCUGCUACUGGUUCUCCCGCUCCGGGAAGUCCUGGCCCGAGGCGGACAAGUACUGCCAGCUGGAGAGCGCGCACCUGGUGGUCGUCAACUCCAGGGAGGAGCAGACUUUUGUGCAGGAACAUAUAGGCUCCUCCUACACCUGGAUGGGCCUCAGUGACCCUGAAGGAAUCUGGAAAUGGGUGGAUGGGACAGAUUACGAGACCAAUUUCAAGUGGCUGUGGUCCUCUCUCCUCAGGAACUGGAAGCCAGGCCAGCCGGACGACUGGCAUGGACACGGGCUGGGUGGGGGCGAGGACUGUGCCCAUUUCCACCCCGAUGGCAAGUGGAAUGACGACGCCUGCCAGAGGUCCUACCGCUGGGUGUGCGAGGCCGGCCUGGGCUCGGCCAGCUAGCACAGUCACGGGGUGCCUCAGGCUGGCAGGGGGCAGCAGGAGGGGGCCUUUCCCUGAGACCCCAUGCGAGACCGCCUGGGAGAGGGAUGAGCCCAGGGAGGUUGGGGCGCUGCCACCAUUGUGAAUGUUUUUCUCCUUGGUGUUCAGAAGACUGUCUCUAGAGUCCCCACAGUGUUUGGUUUUUGUUAACUUUAGCUGCGCUGAGGUCUAAUUGACAUACAAAAUUGUGAGAUACGUGAAGUGUACGUCAUUGCAAUUUGAUGUACGUAUGCACUGUGAAGAGGUGCUCCAUCCCAUUAAUAACCUCACAUAUUUAUCCCGUGCGUGAGAGAGAGAGAGAGAACAUGUAAGUUAAGCUCUCUUGGUAAAUUCCAAUUUAUACAAUAGUGUUAAUGACUGUCAUCACCAUGAGAUCCUCAGACCUUAGGCAGCUGAGAGAUUUACCAACCCCUUCUGAUUUCCCCACUCCCCAGCCCCACCACUCUACUCUCUGUUUCUAUGAAUUUAAUUUCCCUCCAAUUCCAUGUAUAUAAAUGGUACCAUGUAGUAUUUGUCUUUCUCUGGCUUGUUCAUUUGGCAUAAAGCCCUCAAGAUCAAUCCCUAUUGUUGCAAAUGGUAGCAUUUCCUUCACCAUGUCUUUUUUUUUUUUCUUCACCAUGUCUUUAUCCAUGCAUCUGUCGGGGGACAUUUUGGUUGUUUCCAAAUCUUGGUUGUCGUUAAAUAAAUGCUACAAUGAAUAUGGAAGGGCAGA